CACUUCAAUAGAUGACAUAAGUUUCUGACUUACAUUAUAUGCUAUAUUUAACGAUAGUUUUAUAUAUGCAUUCGAUUUAAUAAUAGUUUUAUAUAUUAUUAUGUAAAUAAUAAAAUUAAAUACAUUAAUUUAAUUUUAAGAAAAUUAAGAAAAUGAUGGCUUCAGAAGUAGGUUCAACAAAUAAUGAACCUGUACAUGUCAAGAUAAGUAAUGAAAAAGCUCCUUUAAUUCAUGGAAGAAGUGUUUUGCAUAGAAUAAGUAAUUUUUUUAAGUUUGGAAGAGUACAACAUACAGAAGGAGAUGGGUAUGUGGAAUUUGGUAGUUUAAAUGCAGAUAGUGGCCGUACUUUGGGAACAUUUGCUGGUGUAUUUAGUCCUGUUACAUUAUCAAUGUUCAGUGCCUUAAUUUUUAUACGAAUGGGAUAUAUUGUCGGCAAUGCUGGAUUAUUUGUCACUUUGAUACAAUUCAUAAUUGCAUAUGGAAUUUUAGUAUUUACAGUAGCAUCUGUAUGUGCAAUUUCUACAAAUGGUGCAGUUGAAGGAGGGGGUGCUUAUUUUAUGAUUAGUCGUACACUUGGACCAGAAUUUGGUGGAUCUAUUGGUACAUUAUUUUUUAUGGCUAAUAUUGUGUCUAGUGCACUUUGUAUUUCUGGAUGUGCAGAAGGUUUAAUAGAAAAUUUUGGUCCUUCUGGUUAUUUGGCUGGUAAAAGUACAUUGAUACCAGAUGGUAGAUGGUGGAGAUUUUUAUAUUGUUCCAUAUUAAAUACUGCCAAUUUAAUAGUAUGUUUAAUAGGAGCUGCAAUGUUUGCAAAAACUAGUGUUGCAAUUUUGGCAGUUGUAUGUAUUUGUUUAAUAAGUGUUUUCAUAAGCUUUUUGGCAAAAGGAUAUAUGGAGAUACCAAUACCAGAUGCAAAUAUGUUGGUUCAAAAUGCAACAGAACAUGUUAAUGGUACAUAUACAGGAUUAUUGUCAUCUACACUUAUAAGUAAUCUUUACUCAAAUUACAGUCGUGAUUAUUCAAGUGAAGGAACAAUGACUGAUUUUGCAAGUGUUUUUGGUGUAUUAUUUAGUGGUGUCACUGGUAUAAUGGCUGGAGCUAAUAUGAGUGGUGAAUUGAAAAAUCCAGGCAGAAACAUUCCACGUGGAACUUUGUCAGCAGUAUUAUUUACAUUUAUAUGUUAUAUUCUUCUUUCUCUUCUUACAGCUGCAAGUACAAGUCGAUUUUUAUUGCAAAAUGAUUUUAUGUAUAUGAUGCCAAUUAAUAUUUGGCCACCAUUUGUAGCAGUUGGUAUAUUAACAGCUACAUUUAGUGCUGGUUUAAGUAAUUUGAUAGGAUCAAGUAGAGUUUUGGAAGCUCUAGCAAAAGAUAAUGUAUUUGGUUCUGGUUUAAAUUUUAUAAUACAAGGGACAUGGAAAGGAAAUCCAAUUGCUGCAGUUUUAACUUCAUGGAGUUUAGUUCAAAUAAUUUUAUUAAUAGGUUCUUUAAAUACUAUUGCUCAGAUUAAUUCAGUAUUGUUUUUGCUGAGUUAUUUAGCUACUAAUUUAGCUUGUCUUGGUCUUGAACUUGCAAGUGCUCCAAAUUUUAGACCGACAUUUAAUUAUUUUACAUGGCAUACGGCUACAAUUGGCCUUCUUGGUACAUUAAUAAUGAUGUUUGUUAUAAAUAGUAUUUAUGCUUCUAGUAGCAUAAUACUUUGUUUAAUUUUAAUUAUUGUUUUGCAUUUAUUUUCUCCAAGUAAAAACGCUCCUUGGGGGAGCAUUUCUCAAGCACUUAUAUUUCAUCAAGUUAGGAAGUACUUACUAAUGUUAGAUUCACGUAAAGAUCAUGUAAAAUUUUGGCGACCACAAAUGCUCUUAAUGGUAGCAUCUCCACGUUCAGCAUGCCCACUUAUAGAUUUUGUAAAUGAUUUAAAAAAAGGAGGACUUUAUGUAAUAGGGCAUAUAAAAGUUGGAGAAUUUUUAGGUCAGAAUAUUGAUCCUACUAUAGAAGAGUAUCCACAUUGGUUGAGUUUAGUUGAUCACAUGAAAGUAAAAGCAUUUGUUGAAUUAACAGUUACAAAAACUGUACGUGAAGGACUACAUCAUUUAAUUAGAAUAUCUGGAAUGGGAGCAAUGAAACCAAAUACAAUUGUUCUUGGUUUUUAUGAUGAACAAAUGCCGAUAGAUUUUUUCAAAAAUUCACAAUAUGCAACUGAUAUGUUUGAAAAUGUUUCAACUUUACCAAACAGUACUGCAUUUCCUUUAAGGCAUACAAAUGCAGAAAAAAAUUUGGAUCCAAUACAAUAUGUAGGAAUGUGCUCAGAUAUUUUAAGAAUGAAAAAAAAUUUGUGUUUAUGUCGAAAUUUUCAUACCUUAAAUAAAUUACAAAUAGCUAAAAACUCAUCUUUAAAAUAUAUUGAUGUAUGGCCUGUGAAUUUUUUUCAACCAACAGAUCAAGAUCCAUUUGAUACAACUUCAUUAUUUAUGUUGCAACUUGCGUGUAUUAUCAAUAUGGUACCUAUAUGGAAAAAUUUACAUCUUAGAGUAUUUCAUUGUGAAAUUUCAGACAGUAACUCAAGUUUAAAUAUAUCAGAUUCACAAAAUUCGAUUAGUGAAUUUCCUCGGGUUUCUAACGAAUUUCGUAUAAGAAAAUUAUUAAAUAUGCUGAGAAUUUCAGCAUCUAUUAAAAAGAUUCCGAAUUGGGGAACGCAAAUACGUGGGCUAAAAGGUCAUUCUCUCAUUGAUUCAGCUGUAGAAAGUCAAUAUGAAUCAAGCAAUGAAAAUAGUGAUAUCUUAAGUAAUAUUUCACGUGCUUAUAUUUUGAAUGUGAAUCAAUUAAUUAGACAACAUUCUUCACAAACUGCUACAAUAUUUAUAUAUUUACCUGCACCCCCAGUAUCAAAUACAUGGGAUGAAAAUACUAUAUAUCAUCAAUACCUUCAAUUAUUAACAGAAUUAUCAGCAGACUUACCGCCUAUAGUAUUAGUGCAUGGUGUCAGUGCAGUUACAUCAACAACACUAUAAUGAAAUGAAUGAAGAACAUUACUAUAACUGACAUAAGACAACAUACCGAAAGAAAAUAGAAUAUCCAAUCGAUUUUAAAAUUUAUAUCAACAAUAGUACAAAAAAUUAAUGUUAAGAAAAAAUCAAGUAGAUCACCAAAAGUCUUAAUAAUAAGAGUAGCAAAAUUUUUUAUUUCUGGGGUAAAUAGUUCGUUUAUGAGGAUGUCGGAUAACGAGCCCAAGCCUAAAUAAUAUACUACUUGGAGCAAGGACAUGAAGCAAACAGGAAGAAUAUCCAUUGUGAUUUGUGGCAUAUUGUUAUUAACAAAUGUAAAAUAAAGUGCCAUGAUAAAAAAUGUAUAUGAACAUCCAAUUGUACAAUAUAUCAAACGAAUACGUUUCUUUAUAAUGUGAGCUGUUGCGGUAGAUAAAAGAGCACUUAAAAAUGCAAUGCUAAAAAUUAUAAUCAUCACUGCGUUCACAUUAAUUUUAACUCCUGCUAUUUCAAGCAAUAUUGGAAGAUAUUGCAUAAUAAAGUAAUAUCCUGUAAAGUUUUGUGCUACAGUUAUAGAAAACAUAAUAAAUGUAGCUUUUAUAUUAUUUUUCAGAUACAGUAAUCGUAACUUUCCCCACAUGGUAUAUCUAUUUAUAUUUAAAUGUCGACUAUUUUUUGGCCUAUACGAAUUAUUCUCAUUCUCUGCAUGUUUGCGUAGAAGCGAGUCCAAUUCUCUUCUCGAUUCAUAGGGAUCAAGAAUAUCUUUAAAAAAUGAUAUUGAUUUAAUAGCUGCGGUUCUAUUACCAUUUUUUGCCAAGAAAAUAGGACUUUCAGGAAGAAAAAUGAUUAAUGGAAUAAACAUUAAGGAUAGGAUUAAAACACUAGUUGUGAGUGUUAAAUAAGAUACAAUAUAUCCUAUGACACUGAUUAUCAAUGAUCCAAGGACUAUACUUGGUAUUGUCAGUGUGUUCAAGAUAUUACUUACAUAAGAAUCCGUCACAUCCAAUACGUAUAUAGGAAAUGCCUUAUAUGCAAUACCAAUACCUGUGCCAUGAACUCCUCGAGCAAGAUGCGCAGCUUGUGAUUCGCGUCCAUAUAUUAAGGUAAACCAGCCAAAGAUGAAAAGUAAAUCGGCCAAUAUGAGGCCUUUUUUAGGGCCGAAAGUAUCAAUUAUAAUAUCACUUAUGAAUCGACCAAGUGAAAUUCCAGUUACUAAUACAGAGACAAGCCAUGCCAAUUCGUCAUUUGUAAUAUAGAUUGGAUUAUCGCUGAGGCCGGUUCUUAGUUGAGGAAUAGUUAUAGUAUACCAUCCGUAUAUAAUGCCGGCUAAUAUCAUCAUGUAUAAUCCUGAAAUAAGAAAUAUUGUAGUAAAAAGAAAGUCUGAUAUAGAUAAAAAAAAAAAAAAUGAUACCACUACAAAAUAAUGUAAGAACGAUUCUGGGUUAGAUGUUAUCAUGCAGAUAAGAUUUGUAGUUUUUAAUGGGUAAAAUUCUACACUCUUUGUCGAAUUCAAAUCUUCAUAGGAAUUUUUUAAGAAUUUUCACGAUUUUCCUCAUUAAAAACAAUACAAGAGAAAAUCGAACAUAUGUUAAAAUUAUAUAUUUUUAAUGUUGAAAUAAUAAAUGGAAUUUAUAAAAUAAAAUGAUUAAAAAUACAUAGUAUUAAAUAUUUAUAAAUGAUUAUUAAUAUUUUUUAUAAAUUACAAAAUACAAUUAAUUAUAUAUAAUAUAUAAUAUAAAUAAUUAAAAUAAUAUUAUUUAUUAAAAAAUAGUAAUAGAAUAUAAUUUUAUAGGUUUCAUAAAAUUACAAGUGACGAAAAUUUCGAUAUUUGUUAAUGUAAGAUAAAAAAUAAAAGACUAACCACAACUUAUCGCUAUC